GAAACUCACUGGUAGCGACUGUAAAGGAAACCGAAGUAAUCAAAAAAGCAAAAACAGAAAAAGGUAAAGCAAACGACGUCGUCGUCAUCAUAAUUCCCGGAACCAAUGUCACCGAUGCAACAGACACACUUUUUCUCCCUUUUCUUUACAAAACAAAUCAUUCUCAUUGCUUUCAAAUAAACCAUCUCCAAAUUUUUUCACACUCUCACACUUAUAUGAUUCUCAAUGCGAUCGUUAACAUUAACGCCGCGAACCACGCCGGAAAUCCCCGUCGAUUUCCGUGCACCGCCACCAUCUCCGGUUGCGUCCGGCCGUAGAUCAACAUCCAUAACAAACAACGAAUUUCUGACGGAGUUUUUGGAAACCUCGCUUCGAGUACCAGAUCUGGUGUUACCGAACAAGAUUUUCCCGAGGCAAAGCCAUCACGAAACGCCACCGAAAGUCGAUUUCGUUUCGUUGUGUUUCCACGAAGAUGAAGAUCUAAUCAACAUUGUUUCGGACUCCAUAGCUAGUUUUGGAUGCUUCCAGCUUAUCAACCAUGGAAUAUCGCCGCGAAUUAUGGCUGCUGCAGUCGAGGCUGCCAGAGGAGUAUUUCUGGUGCCGCCGGGAAAGCGAGAAGUGGUAUCGAGAUCGCCGGAGAAGCUUUGGGGUUUCGAGGUGUAUCAUGAAGGAGAAGAUGAGGGGAGUGAGUUGAAUGAAGAAUUUAUUUGGUGCAAAGAUGAUGAGUUGAAGUUGAAAUUGGAGGGAAUUUGGCCUAUUGGAUAUCCUAAUUUUAGCAAGACGAUGGAAACUCUAGGAUCACGUGUGGAGAAGGUGGUAGAGAAAUUAUUUCCUAUCAUAUUGAAAAAUGUUUCUAAGAAAUUAGCAAGUGAUGGUGACAUAAUUGGUCAGGGACAUGAAGUUGGGCCACUUUGUUGUAUUUACAAGCAUCGCAGAGAUGUUAAUAGGAAUGAUCAAUGGGUUGAUUCUUUGAAAUAUGAUGUGAUUAGGAUGCUGAUUAGAGGAACUGAUUACUCUCAUUCUUUGUGUUUGCACAUGUGUGAUGGUUCUUCAGAAUUUCAUGUUUACUCUAAGAAAAGUUGGUUGUCUUUCUGUCCUGAACAAGGUGCUCUUAUUAUCACUGCCGGAGAUCAAUUACAGAUUUUGAGUGGUGGACACUACAAGGAUGUGAUUGGAAAGGCAAUCUUUAAAAGAGAAAGAGAAGACAACAUUUCAAUGGCUUUCCUCUAUUCUACUCAAAACAGUAAGAAAAAAAUUCAAACCAGUCGAGAAAGAACCAUUUCAAUUAGCCAACAAGCCAUCUUUGUUGUAAUUUUGACACUUAUGUACCAUGUACUAGUUUUUGUCUUGAGAUAUUUUUGAUGUUUUCAUAGAAUAUGAACUUAAUGAAAUACAAAAUACUCUCAUUCAUUAUAAGUUCA